CGGGCACCGAGUCGUCUGGCAAGACUGCGGGCACCGAGUCGUCUGGCGACAGCGGGCACGAGUCAACUGGCAAACUGCGGGCACCGAGUCGUCUGGCAAGACUGCGGGCACCGAGUCGUCUGGCAAGACUGCGGGCACCGAGUCGUCUGGCAAGACGGCGGGCACCGAGUCGUCUGGCAAGACGGCGGGCACCGAGUCGUCUGGCAAGACGGCGGGCACCGAGUCGUCUGGCAAGACGGCGGGCACCGAGUCGUCUGGCAAGACGGCGGGCACCGAGUCGUCUGGCAAGACUGCGGGCACCGAGUCAACUGGCGGAACAGCGGGCACCGAGUCGUCUGGCAAGACUGCGGGCACCGAGUCGUCUGGCAAGACUGCGGGCACCGAGUCGUCUGGCAAGACUGCGGGCACCGAGUCGUCUGGCAAGACUGCGGGCACCGAGUCGUCUGGCAAGACUGCGGGCACCGAGUCGUCUGGCAAGACUGCGGGCACCGAGUCGUCUGGCAUUGGAUCGUCUGGCUCGACAGCGGGCAUCGGGUCACCAGGAAUCAGGUCAUUCGGCUCGCCAGCGGGCACCACGUCAUCUGGCAAGGCAGUGGGCACCGAGUCACCAGGUACGACAGCGGGCUCGGAGUCAAUUGGCACGACAGCGGGCACCGGAUCAGGUACCGGAUCAUCUGGAUCAACAGCGGGCAUCGAGUUAACUGGCUUAAUAGGAUCAUCAGGCUGGAUCAGUUCAUUAUGCUGGGUAGAGGCAUCCGGCUGAGUAGAGGCUUCAGG